UAAGCCCCGCCUCCUGCUGGUUAUUAUUGGUCACUGCAAAUAGCCAAUCAGAAUCGCCUGUGGUGUGAGAGGAGGUUUGAGUCGCUCAGGUCGUUAGUCAGCGGUAAUACUGACUGCGGUGCGGACCUGAUACACACACACACUCUCUCUCUCUCUCUCUCUCUCUCUCUCACACACACACACACACACACACACACACACACACACACUGCGGGGAGAUUUAAACACCGUCACAGGUUCUGGAUGACUGCAGGAGUGUGUGAGAGGAGAAACGUGACCAUGAGAUGAAAGAAAGGGAUUUAUUUCUGAUGUAGAAGACCAUAUGAGGAAAACAAACAGUGAAACAUCACUGAGCUUGUGCAGUUAAAGUUAAACCAGACUGAUGAUGAUGAUGAUGAAGAUGCAUGAGGAAUUUGACUGUACUGUCCAUGCAAAUAAUUUCUCAAGCACUGUAAGACAGCUGGAGAUCCUCCUCCACACGUGCUGAGCUUGAAUUCAGGUGGAGCGGAUGGGACUGAGGAACUUCGCAGCACUUCAUCCUCCAGCAUCACGGACAUGCAGGUCAUUUAUAAAAUCUUAUCCGAAUAACCUCCGAGCUGCGUAAGAGAAGAGAAGGUGUUUCCGAGGAAGGAUUUAACGUCCGUACGUUUAAGGUUCCUCCUCAUGCUUAUCAUGUCCAUGAAUAAGAUCUGAUCAUCGACAUUCUGAAUCCAUGGAUGAAGACGCGCACUUCAUUACAAGGUUCCUGUGAUGCUCCUCUGUUACAAAUAAGAUUUUUGUUAAUAUAAGGAGAAGAUCAUUGGUGUGACUUCCACCCAAAUGGAGGUUCAGGUGUUGGUGUUGGUGUUUGCCGUGCUGUGUAUGGUGUGUGUGUGGACGGAGGACAGGAUUCCCCCGUCAGACAGACACGCCGUCUACUGGAACAGCUCCAAUACCAGGUUUUGGCAUGGAGAGUACACCGUAGCCGUGAACAUCAACGACUACCUGGACGUGUACUGUCCGUACUACGAGGAGCCGCAGCCGCUGAGCCGGAUGGAGCGCUACAUCCUGUUCAUGGUUAACCACGACGGCUACACGACCUGCGAACACCGCAUGAGGGGGUUUAAACGCUGGGAGUGUAACAGGCCGCAGAACGUCGACGGGCCGCUACGCUUCUCCGAAAAAUUCCAGCUCUUUACACCGUUCUCGCUUGGCUUCGAGUUCCGCCCCGGACACGAGUACUACUACAUCUCGUCUCCUCACCCCAAUCACGCUGGAAAGCCCUGUUUGAAGCUGAAGGUUUACGUGAAACCAGCCGACGGUUCGGCGUUCGAGUCUCCGGAGCCGUUCCUGAUCGACCGAAGCGUGACUGUGGGACUUCACUUGUGUGUGUUGAUGCUGUGGGCGGCUGCGUCGGUCCUGAUGCUGAUGCGAAUGUAGGAUUUGCAGUUUUAUCCUCUCCGUUUUGCCCCUCAGGGAAGUGUCUCUGCCCUUCUUCUGCCCCACGCGUGCUAAUGAGCACUAAAGCAACAACACUAAAGAGAACGAUGAGGUCUGUCGCUGAGGAACAGAUGGAUUGUCAUUCUUUUU